CUCAAACUCCAUUGCACGAAUAACGAUGGCUAACGAAAAUAUUUCAGACUUUUACGCUGCUUUCUGCGCAGAACAUGAGAUAAAAAUAAACCCACACAUUUUACAAGUGUUAGAGACGACGACGGAAACGGAGAACACCAUCUUAAAACUGACUGGUAACAACCGCCUGAGAUGUGUUCAGCGACUUGAUGACAAAGAUGUUCUUGCUCUCUCAGAAUGUCUCAGAAACAACAAGAAUGUGGCAGGUCUUGAUGUCAGUUACAAUAACAUAUCAGAUGAAGGGGUUGGACACCUAGCUGACCUCUUACAGCAGGAGGAGAGCUCAGUUCUGCACUCUCUGAACUUGAUGUUCAAUAACAUCCAGACAGAUGGAGCUGAAGUUCUCGCCAAGAGCCUUCAGUGUAACAGCACCUUGGUGUUCCUCAGCCUGUCAGGUAAUAAGAUCGAGAACAGAGGAGCCAUGCAUCUGGCCAGCAUGCUGCAGGUGAACACCAGCCUGAGGGAGCUGGAGCUGGCCAACUGCGACCUGGCCACUCAGAGUGUGAUAGCAUUUGCUAUCAUGUUGAAAAGCAACAAAACUCUUUGCUCUGUUGAUAUCAGCAGGCCACUGCUCUUCAGCCACCAGGAGGAGUGGGCGGUGCACUUCUCUGAGAUGCUGGCAGUGAACAGCAGCCUGGUGGAGCUCCACCUGGGGAAGAUGGGGAUGACGGACACCGGGAUGGAGAGACUGACUGAAGGCCUGCGGCUCAACCACAGCCUGCGCUACUUGGACCUGUGCUGUAACCGAGUGACUCGUGAUGGCAUGCAUCAUCUGGCCAAGCUGUUGAAGCAGAACCUGACCCUGGAGGUCAUAGAUCUGUCGUCCAAUCGGAUUGAAGAUGAAGGUGCUGUGUACCUGAGUGAGGCCCUUACCUGGCCAGGCUGUGUCCUGAGAGAGCUCUCUGUCAGCAGUAACAACAUCAGGACGGAGGGCCUGCUCUCUCUGGCUCAUGCUUUGACAGUUAAUACAUCUCUGAACCACAUUUACAUCUGGGGGAACCACUUGGAGGAGUCUGUCUGUCAGGCCUUCAGCGAUCUGAUCGCCAGCGGCCGUCUUCCUCCAGAGCAGACGGAUGUUAGCGCCUACGAGGUGGAUGGUCAGGUGUUUCUGGCUGAGGUCUUCCACUGUUUGAGGAGACACUAUUGCAGCACAAACAGCCCCGCACCAGAAACAUCCCCCACCUCCGACACUGCAACAGACCUGCUGGCACACCACACUGCCAGCCCUGACUUUACCUCUGCACCACACACUGAGAGUCAGCAGCUUGUUCCCAUACAGUCCUGUUAGGGCUCUCGUUAAUCUCAAAACCUCCUCACACCCACCGGAAUCCCAACAGACUUAAAGAGACCUGACUAUAAUGCACACACAUCAAAUAAACAAACAACACAAUGUAUAUGUGCCAGAAGAAAGAUCUUGUGAACUCUCAAACUUGUGGUGAUAAAAUAAGUCUUCUGAACAA